CAGUACGGGCAGACUCUUCUCUUCUCUCUCUUCAGUGGAUACAGCGGGGAACAGACAGAUCGCCUGUGGGAUGGAUUAUUAAAAUUACCCUUGCGAGAAUAUUCAUCUGUUUCCUUUUCAUUUACUCGCCGUCACACUCUCUCGUGUACACCCAUCCAUCCAUGUGUCCGGACGGGUUCUGAAUCGGGCAGAAUGCGGAUCCUGGUGCUGAUUCCGCUGCUGUGGGGUCUUAGUGAGGGGGCUUUCCCCAGCAGUGUCCAAAUCGGUGGGUUGUUUAUAAGAAACACGGAUCAAGAAUACACGGCUUUCCGCUUGUCCAUAUUUCUACACAACACCAGUCCAAAUGCAACGGAGGCCCCCUUCAACCUGGUUCCUCACGUGGACAAUAUCGAGACCGCCAACAGCUUUGCCGUCACCAAUGCCUUUUGUUCGCAGUAUUCUCGUGGAGUCUUUGCGAUAUUCGGCCUGUACGAUAAGCGCUCCGUACACACUCUGACGUCAUUCUGCAGCGCCCUUCACAUCUCUCUGGUGACGCCCAGUUUCCCGGCAGAGGGCGAGAUGCAGUUUGUGCUACAGCUGAGGCCGUCCAUCCGCGGAGCCCUGCUGAGCCUUCUGGACCAUUAUGACUGGAACCGAUUCGUAUUCCUGUACGACACCGAUCGAGGAUACGCCAUCCUGCAGGCCAUCAUGGAGAAGGCGGGGCAGAACGGUUGGCAGGUUAGCGCCAUCUGCGUGGAGAACUUCAACGACGCGAGUUACCGAAGGCUGCUGGAAGACCUGGACCGUCGACAGGAGAAGAAGUUUGUCAUUGACCUCGAGGCAGAACGACUCCAGAACAUUCUAGAGCAGGUGGUGAGUGUGGGUAAACAUGUGAAAGGAUAUCACUACAUCAUCGCUAAUCUGGGUUUUAAGGAUAUUUCUCUGGAGAGGUUCAUGCACGGUGGAGCCAAUGUAACUGGUUUCCAGUUGGUGGAUUUCAGCAAACCAAUGGUGAUCAAAUUAAUGCAGCGCUGGAAUAAACUGGACCAGAGGGAGUAUCCCGGUUCUGAGAGCCCACCCAGGUACACGUCCUCUCUGACAUAUGACGGUGUGCUGGUGAUGGCCGAGGCAUUUCGAAAUCUACGCAGACAGAAGAUCGACAUCUCCCGCAGAGGCAACGCCGGAGACUGUCUGGCAAACCCAGCUGCUCCUUGGAAUCAAGGCAUUGACAUGGAACGUUCUCUGAAACAGGUAAGAAUCCAGGGUCUCACCGGGAAUAUCCAGUUUGACCAUUAUGGACGCAGAGUCAACUACACCAUGGACGUCUUUGAGCUGAAGAGCAACGGCCCACGCAAGAUCGGUUACUGGAAUGACCUGGAUAAACUGGUCCUGGUUCAGACUGAACUCUCCAUGGGAAACGACUCCGCUAUGGAGAACCGAACCGUUAUCGUCACCACUAUAAUGGAAGGACCGUACGUGAUGUUGAAGAAGAAUUGGGAGAUGUUUGAAGGUAAUGAGCAAUUUGAAGGCUACUGCGUGGAUCUGGCGUCCGAGAUCGCCAAGCACAUCGGCAUCAAGUACAAGAUCUCCAUUGUUCCGGACGGGAAGUACGGAGCUAGGGAUCCAGAGACGAAGAUCUGGAACGGGAUGGUUGGGGAGCUGGUGUACGGGAAAGCGGAAAUCGCUGUGGCCCCUUUAACAAUUACCCUGGUCCGGGAGGAGGUGAUCGAUUUCUCCAAGCCCUUUAUGAGUCUGGGCAUCUCUAUUAUGAUCAAGAAACCGCAGAAGUCCAAACCGGGCGUCUUCUCCUUCCUGGACCCGCUGGCCUACGAGAUCUGGAUGUGCAUCGUGUUCGCCUACAUCGGCGUGAGCGUGGUGCUCUUCCUGGUCAGCCGCUUCAGCCCGUACGAGUGGCACACCGAGGAACCCGAGGAAGGGUCCGACGGUCCGCCAAGCGACCAGCCCCCCAACGAGUUCGGCAUCUUCAACAGUCUCUGGUUCUCACUGGGCGCCUUCAUGCAGCAAGGAUGCGACUUCACACCACGGUCUCUGUCUGGACGAAUAGUUGGAGGAGUUUGGUGGUUCUUCACUCUGAUCAUCAUCUCCUCCUACACGGCAAACCUGGCCGCCUUCCUCACCGUGGAGAGGAUGGUGUCACCUAUCGAGAGUGCAGAAGAUCUCGCCAAGCAGACAGAAAUCGCAUACGGAACCCUCGAUUCCGGUUCCACUAAAGAGUUCUUUAGGAGGUCAAAGAUCGCAGUGUAUGAAAAAAUGUGGAGUUACAUGAAGUCUGCCGAGCCCACCGUCUUCACCAAGACGACGGCCGAGGGCGUGGCCCGUGUGCGAAAGUCGAAGGGGAAGUACGCCUUCCUGCUGGAGUCGACCAUGAACGAGUACACGGAGCAGCGCAAACCCUGCGACACCAUGAAGGUCGGAGGGAAUCUGGACUCCAAGGGAUAUGGGGUGGCCACACCCAAAGGAUCGCAGUUAAGAAAUGCUGUAAACCUGGCCGUGUUAAAGCUGAAUGAACAGGGCCUCUUGGACAAAUUGAAAAAUAAAUGGUGGUACGACAAGGGCGAAUGUGGCAGCGGGGGCGGGGACUCGAAGGACAAGAGCUCGCAGGCCCUGAGCCUGAGCAACGUGGCCGGAGUUUUCUACAUCCUGGUGGGCGGCCUGGGUCUGGCUAUGCUGGUGGCCCUGGUCGAGUUUUGCUAUAAAUCCCGCGCCGAGGCCAAGAAACUGAAGCUCACCUUCUCGGAAGCCAUGAGAAACAAGGCCCGUUUGUCAAUCACGGGCAGCCUGGGGGAGAACGGGCGCGUCCUGACGCCAGACUGCCCUAAGGCCAUGCACUCCGGCCCCUCCUUCAGACAUGGCCCCGCCCUCGCUGUGGUAUCCUCCAACCUCCCAUAGAAACCAAAAACUCACCUUGUGCCUUAAACCAUCUUACCCCACUACUGGACUUCUGAUUCACGCUACUGAGGAUUUGUCCGCCAAACCGGAAAUAAACAUAAACUUGGACAUUUUUUUCAGAAAUUGUAAACGAUUUUGGACCAAUGGGACAACGUAACUACGGAUGUUUGAUAUUGUGGGUGGAGCAUCAUUAAAGAUCCAUGACGCCUUAUCCUAAAUCCUGACUUCGGGGACAGACAUCAUCUCGUACAGACGAAAUCAUGUGGAAGACCAGUAAACUGUAAACAUGAAGAUCACGUGCAUUCGAUUUCCACACACCGUCCUUCCCUGAUGGCGCCAACAUCAGCAAACCUGCAUUAUAUGUAUUAACGCACUUGAAUCUCACACACGAGUUUUAGAGAAAAAAAUCUGUAUUUAUGCCAUGGUCCACCAUCACUAGCUGUAAGUACUAAACCGUAUGUAGAUAUUCUCUCAGGAGCCAUCGCAACCAGCGGGAAAACGUUCAAACAUCUCAUCCAUGAGGCUUGCUUUUUGGACCGAUGUAAAUAGACCAGUAGAAAAGCUAAACACUCUUGUUUUAUACGGCAUCUUAGGUAAUAAUUCAUUGCAAUAAUGAUUAUAAGAAGGCCUGACUUGUAAUUACGAGAUCUUUUAUAAACACACGGUAGUAUGUAUAAAGAAGUAAAUCUAUAUAACGGAGGGAAAUCCUAAAGAAAUGUGCGCGAGACCAUGGCAUCUGUUGUUUUGAUAACUAAUGUAAGGCAGUGUGCACAUGUGUUUGUCUUUAAUGAAUGUCCAAACGUUUCACAUGCACACAAACAUGCUACGAGCAUCGCACACGGGGGUCACACCGACUCCUGAUUCUCACAUCCCGUGUUUGCUUUCAUUUUGCAUUGUUUUGUUUUUCUCUUUGUACACAUCAGCUCAAAUAAAACAAACAUUUAUACAAUA